AUGACAAAUUUGAUAAAAAAAGACCUUGAAGUGCAGAUUAUACAAACCGACCCUUUGAUCGUGAAAGGAAUUGAGUCGCAGAUUCCGGCAUUGCAAGAUACGCAGUCGCAUCCUGCGGAAACCAUAGUUGUGCGAGUUUCCUUGUCACAGCCUGUGGAAACCCUAGACUUGCGACGAAAAGAUUCAUUGUCUGGUUUGUCAGCGAAGGAGAAAGAGGCUAUUCCGGUCAAUCUACAGCCCUCUCCUGAGAGAGUUGAGUAUGAUCUUGAAGUUGCUCCUGUGAGUAACCCUAGUGGUGCCAAAACUACAAACCGUUUCUCGGCGCUGCAAGAUUUGUGCAACGGCAAAGGUGAUUUGAUAGCUGAGACGGAUGAUGAGAUUUCUUCUGAUGCUGUGGUUCUUGUAGCUAAUAAGCCUGCUAAUUCUCUUAAUGAAUCGGUUCCAUCCCUAGCGAAUAUGUCGCAACCGGGGGUUGGUAAACUUCCUGAUGAUUCCUUUGAGAUUGAUAGCCAAGAAAACGAUGAAGAUAAUGAAGAUGGACGUUCGUGGUCUGAAGGUGACAAAGAGGAUGCACAGAUAACUAAGAAUGAACAAGGGGAACGCUUAGUCAAGAAAAAGCAUGGCCGGAAAUCGAAAGAGGUGCGCCCCAAACAAUUUGAAGGGAUUGAGCUGCGGCGGUCCCUUCGAAUUUAG